CUGUAAGUUGAAUUGCUAUAGUUGUUUCAAUCAAUUUUUUUGCGGCCAACUGUUGGCUCCAUGGAACUUGCCCUCUGUUAUCCAUUUAUGUAUAUUUAUGGCAUACAUAUGAUGUUUGAUCGGUCCAUUUGACUGACUUUUAUUGGGAAUUUAUUGUUCUUGCAACAUUUUGUGAUGGAUUUCUAACUAAAUUUUGCAAUUGCUUUCUAGGAAAUUUAAUUCGCACCAUGUUGUUUGAAACGUGUAAUAGGUGAUUCAAUGUUGUUUGAAACGUGUAAUAGGUGAUUGUCAAGGGAGUUGUUGAGGAUAGCUACAUGCAUGAUCUUAUUUGAAUAUCGAUUGAUAAUGUCAGUUAGUAUGUUUUUCACUUCAUUCUAACUCAUAAAUCCAGAGUUACUGUCCACUGACCGAAAUUGUAGUCGGUCAAAUAAGGUGUGUGCUUCAGGUGCGGCAAUUCUGUCCAACCAGUGUAUGAUGAUUUGCUUGAUUAAGAGCCUCAAAUGUUCCUUUUAUCAUUUUCCAUCCAUUUCGCCGUCAGGUUUGCUUGAUAUGAUGCCUUUUUUAGCCAUCAUUGUUACGCGAAGCAACGCGAGCGGGUCUACCUAGAGAAGAGGAGACACCCUAUUCCACAUUCUCUAGGUCUACCUAGGAAAAAAAGGUAAUGAUAGCAAAAAUUAUCAGGGGUCAAAAAACUUCUACUGCAUCAGUCAGGGAACAAAUGUUAACAGGCAAGACUGCUUGCCGUCACCUAUCUACCAUAUUGCCUCUACUCUUGUGGGUACUUGCAUAACAUGUGAUCUUGCUUUUCAACCCUUCUGGCUCCUUAACUAGCACUCCUUUUAUACUGCAAUUUCAAGGGGAAAAUGUCAACAUCUCCACCAUUUUCAACAAGCAUUUACAUAACUUUCAGUUGCCCCACCAUCACCAACUAGCACUCUUUUACAUCACAUUUUCCCAAUUAAUCAAUUUGACAGCGACCAAUAUGUAUUGCUGCUUUAGUAUGGCAACACCCGCUUCACAAUACAUAAUAAUAUUAUGUGCCUAAUGUUUAUUUCCAGUGCAAAGUUUAUAGAUGUACAAAUCAUCCUGUUUUUUCUUAAAUCGCAUGUUCUCUACUCAAUCUACUCAUGGACACAUAAAUAUGUCAAUUUCCAAAGCAAACUCCACAUUUUUCCAAUACGAUCUCCUUCCUUACUAGUACUAUAUAAUCAACGAUGUUGUCAAAAGUAAAUGGGCUGGGAUGACAGGGUUCUCUGUCGGCUCACGUAUCCGUUGAACGAACAGACCAUCCUUCUUCCCGACUUUCCUUCAACACCUUUCCUAAUCACAGGUGAGAAAAAUAUCUUUGACUAUUCCUCAUACAGAAAUGGAUCAGAUUCGUCAAACUAGUCCUCAACCAUGGCGGCGCAAAGCUGACCGGGAAACGAUUCAAAAUACAACAACACCAUUGCUUACGAGAAACUCUUCUUCUUCUCCGACCUUCCAACAAACCAAAAUUCUCCCCUCGCAAUCACCAUGCAUCCGAAACCCCUUCCCUUCUUUACCACUGCGUUCUUCCUUCUUCUCCACUCUUCCUUCUUCACCCCAUCAUCAUCACUCGAUUUUAUCUUCAACGCCGACUUCAACUCCACCAACAUCCUCACCGUCGGCAACGCCACAGUCCGCCCUUGGCCGCCUUCCAUCCUUUCCCUCACCGAAGCCAUCCCUUUCUCCCUCGGCAGAGCCUUCUACCCUUCUCCACUACCCACCACCACCAUAACAACGCAACCCAAUGCUUCUUCCUCGGACUCGCUCCCUUUCCACACUUCCUUCAUCUUCUCCAUCGUUCCCCCAACCAGGCCCCUCCUCCCGGGCCACGGAUUCGCCUUCCUCUUCUCCCCAUCCGCCGGAAUUCGCAGCGCCAUCUCGUCUCAGCACCUGGGUCUCUUCAAUUUGACCAACGACGGCAGCCCCAGCAACAGGGUUCUCGCGGUGGAGUUCGAUGUGUUCAUGAACCAGGAGUUCAAUGAUCUCAACGACAAUCAUGUGGGUGUCGAUGUGAACUCGCUGAAUUCAAUUGCGCAGCGGGAAGCUGGGUUUUGGAGAGGGGAUGGAGGUUUCGAGGAGUUGAGGCUCAAUAGCGCGGAGAAUUACCAGGUUUGGAUCGAUUAUGUUGAUUCCAGGAUUAAUGUCACUAUGGCUAGAGCAGGGGAGGUUAGGCCACGUAGGGCUUUGAUAAGCGAAGUUCUCAAUCUCUCUGGGGUUUUCUCCGGGGAAAUGUUUGUGGGUUUUGCGGCAGCUACAGGGCAAUUGGUAGAAAGCCAUAACAUUUUAGCUUGGAGCUUUAGCAAUUCAAAUGCUUCAAUUGGGGAUGCUUUGAUUACUUCGAAUCUGCCUUCUUUUGUGCGUCCUGAUCAGAGAUCAGUGUUCAGAUCAGUAGGGUUCAUAGUUGGGACCACUGUGGUAGCUUUCGGCAUUGUUGGUGGAAUUUUGGUUUUUCUGAUUUUGAUCAGGAAAAGAAGAGGGAAGAACAAGAAGAAGGAAGAACCAGAGGAAAUGGAAGACUGGGAAACGGAGUAUUGGCCACAUAGGAUUGAUUACCGAGUCAUUUACGAAGCAACUGAUGGUUUCAAUGAACAAAACGUAAUCGGCUGUGGAGGAAACGGUAAGGUUUACAAAGGCAAAUUAGAUGGAGGAAUUGAAGUAGCUGUGAAAAAGAUCUCUCUGCAGAAUCAGUACGGCCUGAGAGAAUUCCUGGCCGAAUUAUCCAGCUUGGGCAGAUUAAAGCAUAGAAAUUUAGUCAGCAUAAGAGGCUGGUGCAAGAAGGAACAAGGCAGCUUGAUUCUAGUCUACGACUACAUGAAAAACGGAAGCUUGGACCAGAAAAUCUUCCACUCCAACAAAGACUCUCAAUCUGUCUUGACUUGGGAACAAAGAAUGAAAAUCUUGAGAGAUGCAGCAAGUGGGAUACUGUAUUUACACGAAGGGUGGGAAGUCAAGGUCCUUCAUAGGGACAUCAAAGCAAGCAACGUGCUGCUGGACAAGGAAAUGAAUGCUAGGUUGGGUGAUUUCGGCCUGGCCAAGAUGCACAGCCACGGCCAGCUAGCCACCACCACGCAGGUGGUGGGCACGGUAGGUUACAUGGCGCCUGAAAUGAUGACAACUGGACGAGCCACGACUCAAACCGACGUGUUUGGUUUCGGGGUGCUCAUCUUGGAGGUGGUUUGUGGUAGAAGGCCGGUUGAAGAAGGGAAGCCGAGCUUGGUUGAUGAGGUGAGGAAGGUAGUGAUGGAGGGAAGGGAUGUGGUUUCUGCAGUAGAUGGAAGGGUUAGGGAGAGCAGUGGGUUUGGUGAUGAGGAAGUGAAGAGGGUGCUGCAGUUGGGAUUGAUGUGUGCUUAUUGUGACCCUCGAGUUCGGCCAACGAUGAGGCAGGUGGUGAAAGCGCUGGAGAGAGGGAAUGAUGAGAGGCAGGUUGAUGCCUGGGAUGUUGAUUUGGUUGUGAGUGGAGAAGGGAAUGGAAGUAGUAGUAGUGGUGGUGUAUGGUCUGGGUAUCAGCAUGGUUUAUAUGGUGCUGAACUGCCGACUCUUGAUCAUGUUUUGCAGUCGUUCCCAUCGUCUGUUUCGCUGCUUACCUCAGAUGUUAUAGUCGAAGGCCGAUGAAACGAGUUAGUUAUGAGUGAAUGGUUAAUAGUGAGGGAUAGUAUAGCGAAAAUUGCAUUUGAUGUCUUUCAUUGUCAAACCACCAGUUUCAUUUGAUUGGUGAUAUGUAUAUCCUUCAGAUGUGUAUUUCACAGCGUGCAGAUAUCUCUUUUGUUUAUGGUCUAAUUCUUGUUUCUGCUCUUCUACUCUUCUAUUUUGUGCCUAAAGCCGUAACUUAGAGUACAAGUAAAGAUUAUAGUAAUAG